CUCUUGUACGAGUUGCUGCUCUGUGCUCUUAUUAGCCAAUACCUAUAUUUUUCUUUUACCAACCACGCACUACUACUCAACACGAUGAGCAGUAACAGCCUGACAAGAAUCGCCAUUGUCAGCGAAGACAAAUGUAGACCAAAGAAAUGUCGUCAAGAGUGCCGUAGAUCUUGCCCUGUAGUGCGUACCGGAAAACUGUGUAUUGAAGUGGCACCCAACAGCCGUAUCGCCUUUAUUAGUGAGACUUUAUGUAUCGGUUGUGGUAUUUGCGUCAAGAAAUGUCCAUUUGGCGCUAUUAACAUCAUUAACUUGCCUACCAACUUGGAACAAGAAGUCACUCAUCGUUAUGCCGCAAACACUUUCAAACUCCAUCGUUUACCUACUCCUCGACCCGGUCAAGUUUUGGGUUUGGUUGGUACUAAUGGUAUCGGUAAAUCUACCGCUUUGAAGGUUAUGUCUGGUAAGCUUAAACCCAACUUGGGCAGAUACGACAAUCCCCCUGAUUGGGCUGAAAUUGUCAAAUACUUCCGUGGUAGUGAACUCCAAAACUUUUUUACCAAAGUUAUUGAAGACAACAUUAAGGCUUUGAUUAAACCUCAAUAUGUUGACCACAUUCCUCGUGCUAUCAAGGCUGGCGAUAAACGGGUCGGUGCACUUCUGAAAGCCCGUGCAACCAAUGGCAACUAUGAAGAAGUUAUUGAGCACAUGGAUUUGAAGCAUCUUGCAGAUCGUGAAGUCCAAUUUCUUUCUGGUGGUGAGCUUCAGCGUUUUGCUAUUGCUGCAGUAGCCACUCAAAAUGCGGACGUAUACAUGUUUGACGAACCCUCGUCUUAUUUGGAUAUCAAACAGCGUCUUAAGGCUGGUCAUGUCAUCCGCAGUUUAUUGGGCACUACUAACUAUGUUAUUGUUGUUGAACACGAUUUAUCCAUUUUGGACUACCUUUCUGAUUUUGUUUGUGUACUCUACGGUGUUCCCUCCGUUUAUGGUGUUGUUACCUUGCCUUAUUCAGUUCGUGAAGGUAUAAACAUUUUCUUGGAUGGCAAUAUUCCUACAGAAAAUUUGCGUUUCCGUAACGAAGCUUUAAGUUUCCGCUUGGCUGAUGCUUCUGAUGAGGUUGUUGGUGAAAGAACUGCUGAGUACAACUAUCCUGAUCAUGUAAUUCAACAGGGUGAUUUCAAACUUAACAUUGGUGCUGGUGGCUUCUCCGAUGCUGAAAUCGUUGUCUUGCUUGGUGAAAACGGUACUGGUAAGACCACAUUUAUUAAAUGGAUGGCCAAGACUUCUGACCUUAAGGUCAGUAUGAAGCCCCAAACUAUUGCACCCAAAUUCCAGGGUACAGUUCGACAAUUAUUCUUCAAGAAGAUCCGUUCAGCUUUCUUGAGUGCCAAAUUCCAAACUGAAGUCUGUAAGCCUAUGAACAUUGACAGCAUUAUCGAUCAAGAAGUCCUUAAUCUGUCUGGUGGUGAAUUGCAACGUGUGGCUAUCUGCUUGGCUUUGGGUAUGCCUGCGGAUGUAUAUUUGAUUGACGAACCCUCUGCCUAUUUGGAUUCUGAACAACGUAUCAUUGCUUCUAAGGUUAUCAAGAGAUUCAUUGUUAACUCCCGUAAGACUGCCUUCGUUGUCGAACACGACUUUAUCAUGGCUACUUACUUGGCUGAUCGUGUUGUUCUUUUCGAAGGUGAACCUUCUAAGAUUGCUCACUGCAACUCUCCUCAAUCUCUUCUUACUGGUAUGAACUCCUUCUUGAGGAACUUGGACGUUACCUUCCGUCGUGAUCCUAACACUCUUCGUCCUCGUAUCAAUAAGCUUGAAAGUCAAAUGGAUAAGGAACAAAAGGCUGGUGGUAACUACUUCUUCCUGGAAAAUUAAUGGGUUUUUGGAAAAAAUAGGGAAAGAGUAAUUGUUAGUCGUUAAAGUUUUUUAAAUAAAAGUGAAGUUUUGAAUUGAUUGAUUUCAUAUAAGGUAACUUAUUGAACAGUGACCUGUUAUUUUGGG